AUAUCUAUAUGUUACAUCGUGUUUUGGAGUACUCGUUGGCGAUACUUUGCAGUCGGACGUGCGGAAGGAGUAAUUUUUUUCGAUUAACAGUCUACGGAAAGUUGACGGCUGCGCCCAGAUUGUUUAACGCUUUCUUUCUGCAACUCGUACAUUUUUACGCGUCAAAUUACACGGGAAAACCUUUCCCUGGAAUCGAAUCGAAACGAGAUACAUACCGUCGACGACAACGAUGAAGCAACAGAUAAUUGAUUCCAAGGCGAAUCCUGGCGCAUCCGGGGAGGCCGACGACUGCCUCUUCGAGUAUUUGCACGCCGAGCUGGUCAAUUACGUUUUGAGCAGGUCGUCCAACGCUGCGGAAGGCGAGGAGGAGCUGUCGCGUCUGGAAUGGAUGGGAUUCAGCGUCGGUUACAGAAUCAUCGAACGACUGACGAGGGAGUGGAGCAGGUUCAAGGACGAGCUGGAUAUGAUCAAGUUCAUCUGCACGGACUUCUGGUCCAGCCUGUAUCACAAACAAAUCGACAAUCUCAGGACUAACCAUCACGGAGUGUACGUGUUGCAAGACAACGCCUUCAGGUUGCUGGACAAGGUCGGGACGAGCAACAGCAAGCAGUACCUCAAGGAGAGCCCUCGCCUGCUGGCUUUCACUUGCGGCCUCCUCCGCGGUAGUCUAGCGAAUCUCGGCAUCAUCAGCACCGUCACCGCGGAAACCACUACGUUACCGAGCUGCAAAUUUCACGUUCAAGUUCAAAAAAUUUAAUCGUCAUCCGGAGCGUGUCGAGAAGUAAGCGGUAAGGAGAUACAGAAGUGUAAAAAGAUAAUAUACAUAUAUAUCGAAAUCUCUCGAUAUAAGGAAGUAUAAUAGACAUUUUCUCAGUUAUCAUUAUUAUAUAUUUUUAUUGUAUUUAGUGAAAAGAAAAUAUAUUAUAAUUGAUUAUUUUCAGAGAUAAAAUAGCUCUGAUAUUUAUCAUGCAAUGUAUAUAUUAAUUUGUAAACUGUAAAUCCAGAAUAUAUUCGAAAUAAGGAAUUAA